GCAUUUGUUAUCGGUCUGAUAGAGACAUAUCUAAAUAUUUUAUAUAAAAAGCGAUAACUUGACUACAAUGUGAUAGUGCAAAAAUGACUCCGAUAUGCUUACCGUUUGUUGUGAAUUUAUUAGCGAUAAUAUUUGUUGAAGUUUCCUCAGAGAAUGUUCAAGUAACCACAAAUGAAGGCACCAUCUUAGGAACGACUUCAUUAUCAGAAAAAAACCAAACGAUUUACAUGUUCAAUGGUAUACCGUUUGUAGAACCUCCUAAUAGAUUCGAGCUGGCUGUUCCAAAAUCCAAUUGGACUGGUAUUUUAAACUGUACGGUUGAAAGGGACCAAUGUGUGCAAGGUAUAGGCAUAGUGACAGGUUCGGAAGACUGCCUAUAUUUAAACGUAGCGAGUCCAAAAAAUGUUCAAGUAACCACAAAUGAAGGUACCAUCUUAGGAACGACUUCAUUAUCAGAAAAACUAAACAAAACGAUGUACAUGUUCCUCAGUAUACCAUAUGCGGAACCACCUAAAAGAUUUGAGCUGUCUGUCCCAAAAUCUAGUUGGAGUGGCGUUUUAAAUUGUACGUUUGAAAGAGCACAAUGUUUGCAGACCCAAUACGAUGUAAUACAAGCUAAAAUAGAGGGUUCAGAGGACUGUUUAUUUCUAAGUGUUUUUAGUCCAAACCUAACUGGGAGAGCUCCCGUUCUUGUGUGGAUCCACGGUGGUGGUUUUAUUUAUGGAAAUGGAUCACUAAUCUCCAAUUCCCCCGAACUCUUUCUGGAGGAGGGCCUAGUAGUAGUAGGUAUUCAGUAUCGAUUAGGCAUAUUCGGAUUUAUAAGUACGGGGGAUCUGACCUGUCCAGGAAAUUGGGGACUAAAAGACCAAACUCUUGCUUUACAAUGGGUCCAACGAAAUAUACCACAUUUUGGAGGAGAUCCCAAACGCGUAACAAUCUGGGGACAAAGUGCAGGUGCAGGAUCUGUUGCUCUACAUUUAACUUCUGUAAGAUCUAAAGGAUUAUUCUGUAGAGCUAUUAUGAACAGUGGUACCUCUAUAAGUUUAUGGUCCAGAUCGAGAAAAUCUGUAGAAUUAGCUCAUAAAAUCGGAGAUAUACUAGGAGUAGGGUCAGCAAAUUCGAGCGCGUUAAUAAAAAAUUUGAAAAAAGUUGAUUCUAUUACUCUACACAAUGUUUCAUAUAAUUUAAAUACAGAGAUAUUUGGCAAAUACGCACUAGCUGGAAUUUUGUUAGCACCAGUAAUCGAAGUUCCUCAUCCAACAGCUUUUUUGACUGUAAAAUGUGAUCAAUCACUACGAUCUGGAGAAUUCACUAGGGUUCCCGUAUUAACAGGAUAUACAUCAAAUGAACUCCCAAUUAUUGCCCCAGCAACACUUUCGGCUUCGGUAGCAACAUUUAAUCAAGAUCCAACAAACUUUGUACCAGCAGGUAUUAUUUCCAACAAAAAUUUAACAGAGGCAGGACUUAAAAUUAGAAAGGAAUUUCUGGGUGAUGUACCAACUGUCACACUGGAUAAUUCUUUAAUACAUUUGUUUAAUGUUGAUCAAAUGAUUCGACCUCCCCAUAGAUUCGUCGCUGAUGUUAAAAAAUAUGUCCCCAAUACAUACUUGUAUCAAUUUAGCUACCAAGGAGAUAUUGAAAAGACACUUGGAUAUAAUUUUAGCGGUGCUGUUCAUUCUGAAGAUCUCUACUAUUUAUUUAAAGCUAACUUACCGUUUUCUAAGAAAGAUUUGGCAGUGAGAAGCAAGAUGGUUAAAAUGUGGUCCAAUUUCUGUAAAUACGGAAAACCGAUUCCUCUGCCAACCUCAACCUUGGACAAUAUCGUUUGGUUGCCUGCAUCGAUCACACCACGUCCAUUAUUAUUUAAUAUUGAUUACAAAAACAGAUAUAUUAUAAAUCCGUAUUUAAAAGAGUUGAAGUUUUAUGACAAACAAAUAUUUGGUAAGUAUGGACAAGGAGUCUACGAUACUUAUUGAGGCAUUAAAAAAAUUUAACUAAUUUUAUAAUAUAAUAGAAAAUAAACAUUAUAAAACAA